UGCAGCGUGCUUUUCUUUCUUAUGCUAAUGCUGGUCUGACAUCAGCAGUGAGAUCAAAGCAGGGCAGGGGUACUUUAGAGCAGAGUCUGCCCCCACUCAGACUCACUCACUCCAACCUCUCUCUGUCCCACUCACACACUCACACACACACUCACCGACACCGCUCUGAUACACACCAUGCGUACCUGUCCGGAGCUAUUCUACCACCCCAUGCUGGAUUUUACUCCUGCGUCCGGCUGAUACCGACUCGGACAGACUCUGAAAGGAUAUUCCGACCUGCGGACAUUAGAAGAUUUUUCUUCCUUGUGUUGUGUUGUUGAACACUGAGAGCUGAGCGCCGCAAAGGGUUUAGAGGAGAAGACCGUGCCAUGAGAGUUGACUUUUGAGUCUAAGCCAAGAAGCCCAACAGCCCUUUGUAUUUGUGUCCUGUGUGAACUGGAGCCACUGUCCAACCAUGAGGAGCAGCUCUCAUGUCCUGCCUCUUGGUGUGCUCACGGCUCUGCUGCUGUCUCAGGUCUGCUCCGGCAUCAAAUGGCUAGCGCUAUCACACACUCCUGCAUCUUUACACAUCAACCAUACCCAACACUGUAAGCUGCUGCCCGGCAUGGUGUCCUCCCAAGCUCAGCUGUGCCGCAGCAACCUGGAGCUCAUGCAAACCAUUAUCCAAGCUGCCCGCGAAGUCAAGAAAACAUGCCAGAAGACCUUUUCUGAUAUGCGCUGGAACUGCUCCUCCAUUGACAUCCCAGUUGAUGCCCCGAAGUAUCGGCCAGACCUCGACCGAGGAACGAGAGAGGCAGCGUUUGUCUACGCCUUGUCCGCAGCAACCAUCAGCCACACCAUAGCACGGGCGUGCACCUCUGGAGAUUUGCGGAUCUGCUCGUGUGGUCCUAUUCCUGCGGAGAUCCUAGAGCCCGGCUAUCGCUGGGGUGGCUGCGCUGACAACCUGCAUUACGGUUUGAUGAUGGGCACAAAGUUUUCUGACGCUCCCAUGAAGAUGAAGCGUGCGGGUUCCCAUGCCAACAAACUGAUGCACCUACACAACAGUGAAGUCGGGAGACAAGUAUUGAAAGAGGCGCUGGUGAUGAAGUGUAAAUGUCAUGGUGUGUCCGGCUCCUGCUCUAUAAGGACCUGCUGGAGAGGCCUACAAGACCUGAGGGAGAUUGCCAUGGACCUGAAGACAAAGUACCUGUCUGCCACCAAAGUGGUUCACCGGCCCACAGGGACACGCAAGCAGCUGGUACCCAAAGACAUUGACAUCAGGCCGGUGAGGGAGAACGAGCUUGUCUACCUGCAGAGCUCCCCAGACUUCUGUAGCAAGAAUGACAAACAGGGCUCUGUUGGCACACAGGACAGGCAGUGCAACAAAACCUCCCUCGGCAGUGACAGCUGUGACCUGAUGUGCUGCGGCCGUGGCUACAACCCGUACACAGAGAAGCUAGUGGAGCGCUGCCACUGCAAGUACCACUGGUGCUGCUACGUAACCUGCAAGAAGUGUGAGCGGAUUGUGGAGAGAUACGUCUGUAAAUGAGUCUGUGCCGACGACGGCAGUCCCCACCAGCAGUCCUCUACUCGUACCCAGCCAUCCGAGGCUACAGAUUAACCAAAGCACUACAGUACCAAGAAGGCUUACUUUUGUCUUAAGCUUUAGCAUGUGUAUCUCAAGGAGAAAAUGGUCUAUUCUUGUGUCAGUAUCAUUUUUGUAUCAAAUCUCCACACUGCCAAUUGGGCUUCUCAGCUUUUUCGCUUCAGAAACAUGGAUGUGGAGAGUGUGGCGACAGCGCCGGUUUACGUGAAGACCGCCGUCCUCCUGGGUGUUUCCUUUUUCUUGUUAAUGAUUAUAAAUCCCCCUAACAGGGAUACUGAAAGUCUAUUUUAUUAUAUCUCUAGUAAAAAAGAAAUAAUAUUGGAUUUUAUGCUGGAGGAGAGGGACAGAGACAUACGGUUGGCUUCAUUCCAUGGAAAUCGAAUGGUUCUGAUGGAUCCAUGUGGUACUUUUCUAGGUACUGUUUUUCCUCUGCGGUGAUGGACAAUAGAGGAGAAGGGAACACAAAGGGAAUUUCAAGUACUUUUCAACCAUGGAACAUUUUUGUGGAUGACGUUUUGACUCUCACUAACAUGUCCUGUGUGGAUCUUGACAUAUCCUGCAUCCCUGUGGAUUGAGAGAAGAGCAUUAAGGACUUUGUAAAUUGGUGCAUUAUCUCCUUUAUGUCUGAUAUGCAGUUCAAAAUAUAUUCUAUUUUUCAUGAGCUAUUUUUAAUGAGCUGAACUCAUGGAUUUUGUAAACCACUUUUGUGUGGAUGUACAUACUGUUAUUUUGUAUACUGAAAUAAAGAAAGAAGUAUUUAUAAAAUAAUUAAAUGAUCUUCACCAUCAUCUUUACAUGAAAAUUGCAUGUCUUUCUCUAUGAACUGCACUUCUAAUGAUACACUGUGUAGCUCAUUUUACAAAAUAUUGGCAAAGACAAACUCAUAACCUCCAAGCCUAAUUAUUUUUAAACUAGCAACAUUUACUGUAAUUCACUGCAAAUCCAAGUGUUAUAAAAUAACAGUUUACCACAA